AUGGAGCUGCAAUGGACCGACGUAACCAUAGAAGAAAUCGGUAUUGGCCAGACUCUAUACGCCGAGGCUACAGCUAUGCCACUCGAUAAGGUGGCAGCUAAACCCAAGUUAAUGGACUGGAAACGCAACGCUGCUAUUGGCGCUGCAGCAGUGACAGGAGGCGCCCUAUUGGCUGUAACCGGUGGCCUGGCAGCUCCUGCCAUUGCAGCGAGCUUAACAGCUUUGGGGGGUGCAGGCGUGACCAUCGGAGCGGCCGUGGGCUCGGCAGCGGGGGUCACAGCUACAACGGUACUAUUCGGUACAGCAGGGGCUGGAGUUAUGGGCAUGAAAGCCGAUACUAGAACUAGAGGUGUCCACGACUUUAGCUUCGAUUUAGUAUCUGCCGGAGACGGUAUGAAUGUGUACAUUUGUGUGUCUGGGUGGCUGGACGACGACGACCCACCCGUCCGAGGCUUCCGUCGAGCCUGGGGAGACAGUCGCGAGUACUUGCGAGCUUUCUACAGACAGAAGAAUCCAGACAAAGUGGACCAAGUGGACCAAGUCAUGGACCGGUAUAAAGGUCGGGAAGACGAAUUCUUUGCUAUUUUACGGCGCACGUACAGCAUCGAAGCGGGGGACUCGGAAAAUGACCCCUUGGGCAUUGCGGAUCUGUCCAAGAUGGCAGUAGCAGACCAAGAUGCUCGAUACAGCGACUUUACCAGUCUAAACAGCGACUCCAAUGCCAUUUCCAGUAGUACUUCGCAGAAUACUAGUGCGAAUACCGGUACGUCGUCGGUAUGGGAAUUAGGUACCAAGCACGAACCGCUCCGUGCUUGGCGAUGGAAGGACCGCUUCCCACAGGGAGACCAGUACUGCUUGAUAUGGGAGGAGGCAGGACUACGUCGCUUUGGUAAAUCGAUGCGUACCUUUGCAGCAGAGCAGGUUUCGAACUACGCGACCACCGAGAUCGUCAAGUAUACUGCUCUUGCGGCGUUAUUCGCUGCAGUGGCAAUCCCUCGCGUGAUUCUCCGGCUGGCGGAUAUCAUUGACAACGCCUGGACGGUCACCAUGAACGCAGCGGAUACGUCCGGUAAACUGUUGGCAGAUGCACUACGCAAACGUGAACAGGGUCUUCGUCCGGUUACUUUGGUUGGCUACGGUAUGGGCGCCCGACUCAUCUUCUCGUGCUUGAAGGAACUGGCAAAAAGCGAGACGAUCGACGAAUCGUGUGGCAUUGUAGAGAACGCAGUGCUUUUGGGGUCUCCUGUACCAAUGGCACGUGACGACUGGGCGAAUGCGCGUCGUGUGGUGUCAGGAAGACUCAUUAACGGGUACUCAGAGAAAGACUGGAUGCUCGGUGUCAUGUACCGGUAUCAGGGAUGGGCUCUGAACUCCGCAGGUAUUGCACCAAUCGACAUUGCCGGCGUGGAGAAUGUCGACCUGUCAGAAAUUAUCGGCGGACAUCUCGAGUACAAAAGCAAAAUUGGCGCCAUCGUGGAUUUAUUGCAGUUGGAGGGAUAA